AUAAGAAAAGCGUGCAGGAGUAGGAUCUGUAUACUGUAUACAAUAUGUUUUAAAUACUACCAACCAACUUAACUUAAUAUACAUACAUACUGUUUACAUAUGUUACAAAAGAAUUUUUUAAUCUUGUGUUUUGAAACUUAUUAUAUUUAAAAAAAGACAUAGAAGUGAAAUGAAAAGGUGUACAUACUAGAGCUAGUGAUAGACAAUGAUAAUUGUUUUUAAACACAUUAAACAAGAUAGUAUCCAAAAAUUUAUAACCUAUAUUUAAUGAUAGAUUCAUGCAAUUAAGGAAUUCUUGAAACACAAUGAAUACAAGAAUGGGAAAGAAAGACAUUGUUCAAGCGGUAAUUCUUUCGGAAGAUUUUGUAACAAAUUUGACACCUAUGCAAGAUAUAUAUCCAAGUGUUUUAAUGCCAAUCAUAAACGUACCGCUUUUAGAUUAUUUAAUGGAAACUUUGAUCAAGUGUGGAAUACAAGAAUUGUUUCUUUAUUGUAGCCGUCAUAUCGAUUUAAUAAAAGCUUAUAUAAAUAAACGAAAGUGGCCAAGAAUAUUAGUUUCUCUAAUCAUAUCAGAGGGAUGUUUGUCUUUGGGUGAUGCUCUUAGAGAUAUUGAUACGAAAGGUUCAAUUCGUGGUAAUUUCAUACUAAUAAGAGGAGAUGCCUUUAUUAAUGCAGAUCUUAUGAAUGCUUUAAACAAUCAUCGCUCUAAACUUGAAAGAGAUAAAGGUGCAACAAUCACUAUGUUGAUGAGAAACUUUGGCUCAACAAACAAUUCCUUAUUAAGGAAAGAAACAGUUUUAUUAGUAUCUGAUAAAACUAGCAACAAGGUCCUACAUUACAGUAAAUUAAAAUUUGAUGAGAAGAAAGUAAAGUUAGAAUUAAAUUGGUUCUUAGAUCACAGUGAAAUUGAGAUCAAUACUUGUUAUAUGGAUACUCACGUUUAUCUAUGUUCACCUGCUGUACUUCCACUGUUCUCAGAUAAUUUUGAUUUUCAAACAAUGGAAGAUUUCAUUCGAGGAGUGUUGAUGAAUGAAGAAAUCCUGAAUUCCCGUAUUUAUUGGCAACAAUUGAAUCCUGAAGAGUAUAGUCUACCAAUUAUAUCAUGGAAUGCAUACCAGAUUCUUAAUCGUGAUAUUUUGAAUAGACAUAGUUUUCCACUUACACCGAAUUCUAUCCCAUUUCUAAAAAAUUUUAUUCAUAUGCCACGAAGCACUUACAAACACAGAAGUGCCUCUCUUGCUAAAGGUUGCACUUUAGAAGAAGAUAGUGUGCUUUGCCAAAACAGUACGUUAGGAAAUGAUACCUCUGUUACGAGAUCUGUUAUUGGACACAAUUGUUUAAUAGGCUGUAAUGUAAAAAUAAAAAAUUCCUAUGUACUAUCAGAUACUAAAAUUGAAGACAAUUGUACUAUUACAAACAGUAUAAUAUUUCCAAACUGUGUUAUUAAAAAGGCCACUCAAAUAAAUAAAUGUAUAUUAUAUCCUGGAACAAAUAUUGAUGCUCAAAUAGAAUAUAUUGAUUCCAUAUUAAAAUUGAAAGACAAUAAAGUUAUCACUAUACAGAUGUCAGAAAUUGAAAUGGAUUAUGACUUUGAGUUCUUUAAUGAUUACCAUACAGAAGAAUCUGAUAACGACUACCAUGCAGAAGAUGAUUAUUCUACAGAUGAUACAAGUAGCAAUGUAGAUUCUGAAUACAAUUCACCAAUUCCAGAUGAUACAGACAUGUUUCUAUCUGAAGUUAUUGAUAGUUUGUUAAGAGGUUUUCAAGAUACACUUAAGUGUGAAAACAUAAUUUUGGAGAUAAACUCGUCAAGAUAUGCAUAUAACAUUACCAUGAGUGAAGUAACAUAUAAUGUUAUUAAAGCUAUAUUAAGUUUACCAUUUCAUUAUUUUUCAGAAUUGAAAAAAACUAUAAAUAAUCAAAAAUAUAAAGACUACUUGAAAAGUAUGGUGACUUACUUCCGGCCAAUUAUUUUUAAUUAUGUCAAAACAGAAGAUGCUCAAGAUCAUUGUUUACGUGCAAUAGAAGAUGUUGCUACUUCAACUGAAGAAUUAUUACCAGUUUUAGAAAACUUAUUACUUGUUUUUUACAAAAAAGACAUCUUAUCAGAAGAAAAGAUUUUAAACU